AUGAUAAAAUAAAAAAUUUAUUACAAAAUUUGUAUUACGUGUUACUAACCCAUUUGAAAUUGCUGAUUUGGUUGUACAGCCAUGGUUUUAUAUAAAUAAAAAUUACCAGUUGUGAAUUAUAAAUAAGAUACAAUCACAGAACAAUAUACAGUAUUAAGCAAUUUGAGAAGAUGUUGUCUCAUUACUUAUAACGAGAAUAUGUUCAAUGAGUUCCCGCAAAAAUUAAUUUCACCAUAGAACUGGCAAACUGUAGAUUACGCAAUGCAAUUUAAUAAGACUUCCUCAAUUUGAUUGGUCAAUUGAUACAACUGAUGAUUGAAUCUUGAUAUUUAUGCUUCACUACUAUUGGUUUAUAAUUCAUGACAUAUCACAGUGUGCUACUCGUAUACUUUGUUUAAAAAUUGUUUUACUGUGAAAUUUGGCUUUCGCUUUCUGAUUGUACUAUGUUUUGACGUAGCUUUCGAAGAUAUCAGUAAAUAUACACAGAACUUAUUCUUAUACUGUGAUCAGUCACGAUAAGCAUCAAUCAUCGUGCAUUUACGCCCUACCAUUUCAACUGAUUGAGUGUUAACAGCAUUUAUUACCGAGACGAUUCUAUAGUUCACUUCUCGAACUUUAUUCGUAGCACAUCUCACGUAUGUUACUACUGUGGCCUUACUUUUCGACUAAAAGUGUUCAGUCAAAGUAGACAAAAUUUAUACAACUGUGGAAUCUGAUUAAUCUUAUAGACAUCAUAUUUUUGUUUCGCAAUAAACAAAAUUUUUACAUCGCGGCGUAAACAGUUCGACCAGAAAACCUGAAGAUGAGCUAAUGGUUUUCGAAGCAAUUGAAUAGCGAACCGGAAGUGAAUAGUCGUUGCGUUUCAGUUUACGAUACAUUUAAAACUGUAUUCGUUUAUUAAACAAGAAAAGUUUGAUGUACACGAGGAUUCAUAGAAUAUUAAUUAAAGAUUUCGAAAAGCACGAUCUAGCAACAAUCUCGUGUUGGAUUAUUACCGGCGAUUAAAGAUAAAACAAACAAUUCCAGGCCCUCAUUUUGAACGUUUCCAGAAUUGAUACCAAAAUGGAGACCAAUGAUGGAGUCCUAACGCCAGGGCAGCGGAUACGGCCGCCUGGUAGCGAACAGAUAGUUUUAGCUCUCUUAGAUAAGCUCUACAAGCUGAAGGCGAUAAAAAUAACUGAAUUAAACGCGUACGAUGACAGAAACUAUCACGUGAUUUGCGAGGACCUGCACGAAAAUCCUCACAUGACUACCAUCAGCAAGAAUGGUUAUGUAUUGAAGAUCGUGAACUCUCUGGACUCGCGUAAAUGUCGUGUGAUAGAUGCUCAGAAUGAAAUCUUGAUCUUCCUGAAUCAACGACACAUCAAUUGUCCCCUGCCAGUGAAGAAUGUGAAGGGAGAGUAUUACUCUUUAGAAACGUUGACCGUGCAGGGUUACGAGAACAGCUACGCGGUUAGACUUCUAGUUUAUCUUCCAGGUGUGAUGUUGAAUCGCAUGUCAAUCACCAGUGAACUGCUUCGAAACGUCGGUCGGUUCACCAGUAAAUUGGACACCGUGCUCAAGGGAUUCUCGCACUCGGCGUAUGACAAUCAUAAGACCUUGUGGAUGUUGACCUCGGUGCCUGACCUGCGCCGGUUCAUCUACGCGGUGAGCAAUGAUUACGAAAGGGAUCUAGCUCAUCAGGUGAUCCAUGCUUUCGAGGAGGACGUUCUUCGAGUGAUGCCGAAGCUCGAGCAAGGGAUCAUCCACGGUGACCUGAACGAGCAGAACAUCGUAGUGAACUCGAACGGGACGGAAGUAACGGCGGUGAUCGAUUUUGGUGAUACCCAUCGGACUUGCCUAAUUUUUGAGCUCGCCAUUACUCUUUGUUACAUGAUGCUGCAGGCUGGAGACUUAGCGAUGGGAAAGUACGUCAUCGAAGGGUAUCAAGAUAUCAGGAAACUGACGAAUCUGGAGAAGAAGAUUUUAAAGGUCACCGUCUGCGCGAGGAUAUGUCAGAGCUUGGUCAUGGGCGCUUAUUCCUAUCUCAAUGAUCCGCAAAACGAUUAUUUGCUUGUCACACAGAAAUCUGGGUGGGUUUUGUUGAAGAACCUUUGGCCAAUUAGUCAAGAGGAAGUGCUUCAGAGAUGGGGUUUGACGGAUUAAUGGGAGAAACUUCUGCCAUGAUUCUGUUAACAAUUUUGAUCAUUUUAUAUUGCUUAUACGUAGGUUUAGAGUUUAAUAUGGUCAAUUAUUAAUACCACUUUACCAUCGUUGUCAAUUAAUCAAGAGCAAUAAAUAUAGAUCCGAUCAAUUAUUAAUUAAGGUACUGUGCAGUGAUAUAUCCUCUGGUUUUAUUCGUAUUUAGGCAGUUACAUAUUUACAUAGAUACUGAACAAUAAUGCUCUUCGUAUAAUAGUGUGGAAUCACUUUACAUAACUAGGUCGUGGUAUAUACAAAAAUGCAGGUAUCGAAAAUCAUUUCGCCGGGGUAGGGGAGUUCGUGUGGUACUGGCAGACGACAAUUAAAGUAACACCGUUGCGAUUUAGCUUGGAUCGAAUAACAGUCACUUAAGUACCCGAGUGAAACGUCCGUCGGAAGGUAGAUCGAUAAUGUACAGAAUUUGCUGUUGAAUAUUACCGUAGGACAAUAUAUUUCGAUCCUUUAUAAUUACACACAUACCUGCGCUUUAAGGUGUAGAAGUCAUUUAUCUUUUGUUUUCUUUCAUAUCCGCGUGCGCCCUCGUCUUAUUUUUAUGUAGCUUGUAAUAUAUAUAUAUGUAUAUAUAUAUAUAUUUUUUUUUUCUUUCUUUCUUUAUUUCGAUUUCAAUAAUAUACUAAUUUAUUUAUAUCUCGUUUCAUUUAUAUCAGCUUGUUUUGGCAAACUGUCUAGC